GUCAAACGCUUAACUAUGGGCCUCUUGCGUACGAAUGAGGAAUCGCGCCCGCUGGUUGGUAUCGCGACGCCCACAAAUACGACAAACACAAACUUGCUGAACAACUCUAAGCUCGAUAGUUCAACAAGCAAUAAAAUCUACUCGAAUGAUUACAUUAAUGAGGAAGCUUUUGAGCCGGAGAAGUUUAUUGCAAGCAAAUUUGGUGAUUCAUGUCGACAAUCGUUGACGGCCAUACCAAUGUUGGACACUGUGAACCUGAACGACAACAGCGAGUUCAAUUUGAAGAAGCGUUAUUUGCGCGAGACGAGUAGUGCAAACUCCAGUCCGAAAAUAUUCGCAAAUCGCCUGCGCGCAAAUACCCUCUCGGCGGCUAUUCGUUCCAACACCACCUCCAACUCCUACACAAAUACUAACAUUGCCACCGCCAGCGAUGUCGUCCUAGAUGAUGAUGCCGAUGAAGCUGAUCUCAAAGAUGCCUCUUGGUUUCAGGCUGGAAUUUCUCGGAACAUUGCUGUCGAAGUGCUUAACAAUAAGAGUCCUGGUGCCUUUUUAGUGCGCAAAAGCACUUCUAAGCCGGGUUGUUAUGCCUUAACGCUGCGUGCGCCAUCGCCACCCGGACCAAAAACUGCCAACUAUAUAAUAUUGCGGACGACACGAG